AUGCCGCAGAUUACCGAGAUCUUCUUCGACUGCGACAACACCCUCGUCCUCUCGGAGGAGCUGGCCUUCGAGGCGUGUGCGGAUCUUGCCAAUGAGAUAUUGGAGAAGAAGAAUAUCUCGGACCGUUACACGGGAGAGCAGCUUAUCCAAGAUUUCGUUGGUCAGAACUUUCGGGGAAUGAUGGUCUCCCUCCAGGCCAAGUACAACUUCGAGAUGUCACAAGAGGAACUCGAGGAAUACGUGAAGAAGGAGGAGGACAAAGUCAUUGCCAAGCUGACUGACAAAGCUCAGCCAUGCGUUGGUGUUAACGCUGAGCUCGACAAGCUUCUCGAAUCCAAGAAGUAUGGCCUAGCGGUGGUCUCUUCGUCUGCUUUGCGCCGUGUCCGUGCUUCAAUUACAAAGGUCGGACAAGACAAGUAUUUUGACAAAGAUGCCAUUUUCAGCGCAGCCACUUCUCUUCCCAAGCCAACUUCGAAGCCGGAUCCGGCUAUCUACAUUCAUGCCCUCGAAGUGCGCACGAAGAAGCCCGAAGAAGUGGUCGCUGUCGAGGACAGCAAGUCUGGUGCGCUCAGUGCCAUCCGUGCUGGAAUCCCAGUCAUUGGUUAUGUCGGAAGCUAUCACGGUGACGCUAAGCAGUUGGAAAUGUCACAACUUCUGCAAGAGCUCGGUGCCAAGGUUAUCAUGAAGGAUUGGAGUGAAUUCCAGAAAUGUCUCUCUGAAAUCGAGGCGGCCUGA